UAUGCAGUAACAACAAUUCGAUUGUUUCUAACAUUGCAUUAUUUUAAUGUCUGUAAAAUUCCCUCAGUACCAGUCCCCAGUGUAACAGUAAACGUCAGCGGCACAGACUUGGUGGAGUUCAACAGCUCCGUCAGUCUGUCCUGCUCCUCCUCUGGGUCCUCGCUCUCAUUCCUCUGGCUGAACGGCAGCUCUUUGGUUACAGCCACUGACAGAGUUCAGCUACUGAAUCUGAACCGUACGAUCACGAUAGUCAAUGUGAGCCGCUACGACCAGGGACCGUUCAGCUGCAGAGUGUCCAGUGCUGUCAGCAGUGGAACCAGUGAGCCAGUGAAACUCUCCAUCAGUUAUGGAGCAGAUAACGUUGGAAUCUCAGGUCCACGGAAGUUAGAGGUGGAACAGACCUUAGUUUUAUUCUGCUCUGCUGAGUCGAGUCCACCUGCUGAUUACACCUGGACACUGAAUGGCAAAGAGAUGCUUAACAAUUCUGCUGUGUUCAUUAAACAUGUGACCCAGUGCUCAGACAGUGGUAAAUACGUCUGCCAAGCCAGGAACCAGCUGACAGGGAGAACAUCACUGAGAGAACAUAGUGUCUCAGUUCAAGCGUGUGGACUUUCACCUGCUGCCAUUACAAGAAUAGUUAUUGCGUGUGUCCUGGUGUUUGGAGGAGUUUUAGCUGGAGGACUUUGUAUUUGCUGGAUUAAGAGCAAAUCACUUUACAUAAGGAGAAGUGAGAGCAGUGCUCAGCCACGUCAACCAGAACACAAGGAACAAGUGUACGAGAACAACUUUGUGGGUCUUCAGGCUUCAUCUGUUGCUCCAAAGACAAGUGGUUAAGUGGAGACUGUCUUGUAUUGAACUUUUCUAUGUCCUUCUAACUGUUAACAGCAUUACCUAAUGUAUCUGAAUGUACUUCAGCCACACACUUAGUCCUUUGUCUAUUAAAAAGAGGAAGUGCACUCUAGGACGUGAACUAUUACUAGUGUACUGUACAGUAGUUCUGUCCUAUAUACUAUUACAGAACAACGGUUCUUUAUCUUCUGCUAAAUGUGCUGGUUAUUUUAAUGUUGAUAUCACUUCUCUUAUAUUGUGCAGCUGUGUAGAUGAUUGUCAUUACUAUUGUUUACUAUUGUACAUAAUUUUUUUUAUCAAAAAAAUCUCUACUAAACCAGAAAGUCAAACUCAAAACCUUCCACAUCAUGUUUUGCUUCAUGAACUUUAUUUUCUACACGUAUUAUAAUAUUUACAAAUAUAAAAACUGACUGUAUGUCUACAAUAAAUGCAAAUAUGGCAUAAAUGCACAGAAUUUUUAUAUAAAGCUACUUCCCUCUGAUAACACUGCACUGACGUUUAAAAUAACUUUGUCUUGAACUAGCUUCUCUGUUAUUUCUCAACAUUCAGCGAGACUUACAGUAAAGCAUUCAUUAUGGCUGUAAACUAUUACAGCAAUUUGUUAUGACAUUAGAGGAAUAUCAAAAAAAGUUAAUAAGUUAAGCUCCAUCAAUUACAAUAAAUUUAAUCAGUUUUCCUGUACCUGUGCCCCAUUAGCUCCAGGCUGAGGAGCUCUGCCUCUCAUUCGGUGCACAUGGGCAUCAUAGGUGAGGAAGGGAGGAUGACACAUGAAUCUUCUCUUGUCCCAUCUGAACAGUCCCACUGUCUUUGUUCUGGAAGCUGAUGUGAGCUAAGUGCAGCUCCUGUACAGGCAUAUUGACCAUCCAUCCAUCCAUUUUCUAAACCGCUUAUUCCCUAAUGCGGGGUCACGGGGGUGCUGGAGCCUAACCCAGCUGACUAUGGGCGAGAGGCAGGGUACACCCUGGAUGGGUCGCCAGUCCAUCGCAGGGCAGGCAUAUUGACCAUGUUGGUCAAUAUGUUGGUGGUAAAUGAGUAUAAAAGGUGAGGGAGUCAAACUACACUGUACGAGUCAACAAGGUUAAACUAAACUAGUGUCACUUGAUGGACAUGAAGUCACACAUAAGGCUUUUCUUAAUGAAUUAAUAUUAUUUGGUAAUAUCCAUCCAUCCAUUUUCCAUACCCCUUUAGCCUAUAUGCAAGGUCGCGGGAGGCUGUACCCCUGGACGGGUCAC